AUGGAUUCGAACCACUAUUAUUGUCUCCGCGAGCCUGCGCAUGAGAUACGCUUGCUGGAUCUCCUUCCAGCAACUGCUUCAGGUGGUCUUAACGGUCGAAUAUGUCGAUUUAGUAUAGGCAGCACGCCUACGUUUAUUUGUGUUUCGCAUGUUUGGGGUGAUAAAAAAGCAGAUCGGGCUAUGUCUCUUGAGUCGGGCUGUGGGAUCAAGAACUUACCGAUUUCUCAUAAUCUGGAAUCGUUUCUCAUCAACAUGCUCUGUCAUACGCCUGAUUCCCUGCCACAGAUUUGGGAAGGUAGCGAGAGGCUGCCAAUGUGGAUUGACAUGGUCUGUAUUGACCAGGUGGAUAAUCGUGAAAAGGCACUGCAGAUUCCGCUUAUGGGGGAUAUUUAUUCGAAAGCGAGUUCCGUCGUCGUAUGGAUUCAUGAAUAUGAUAGCUAUCUACGCUAUGCAUUCCAAUACCUGCGACGUAUCGGUAAACAUGGCCCGGGCGAAGAGGUCUUGUUUGAUCCUAUGGGCUGGGAUGCGAUUCGACGACUACUUGGUUGUGAGUGGUUUCAUCGACGAUGGACGAUUCAAGAAUCUAUUCUACCAAAAGACGCUAUCUUCCUCUGCGGCUCGGACUUCAUUUCCAUGAAUCAGUUAUUCAAAGGCAUCGAUAUGGCUGUCAGUGCAUUACUUGCAAGGCCACGACCAAUGAAGAAGCUGAAGCCUUGUAACACAGGCGAAGUAAGGCCUAUCAGAGUUUUAAGAGAGCUCAGACAAGCAUUGGAAACAGAUCAAGAUCAAUUCGGCCUUUUGUGGCUGAUGGAGCAUCUCCGUUUCACCCGAGCAACUUUCGCUCAUGACCAGGUCUAUUCGUUACUGGGCAUUUGCAACCGCCAGGAGGCUGCUGCAACUUUAGUUCGAUAUGAUCUCGAGCCCGAAGAGGUUUACAAGCUCUCAGCUAGGUUACAUGCAGAUAUACAUGGUAACCUGGAGUUUCUUGGUCUCUGUGCCCCUCAGCAACGCGAUACCAUCGGCUCUGGAACAACUGAAACACCAGCUUUCCGUCCCUUCACAGGCCCUUCCUGGGUGCCAAAUUGGCAUUCACAGAAACUGCGGCGUUGUUUGGGUCUCAGCGAUAUUAGUCACCAACGGAAGUUCUUCAAUGCCUCUGACGCAGUUCUCUUCAACCCUUGCUUCGAGGGAAAGCAGCUGACAGUCUCGGGCGUCUUGGUUGAUAGGAUCCGUUCAAUCGGUGAUUUUCGUCCUAACGCUCAAGCCUUCGACUUCUCGAAUGCCAACUCAGACCUAUAUCAGCAGUAUCUGGAUUUUUGGAUGACCCCAGUGGGUGAACCUGCGCCGUAUCCAGAUGACCUAAGCCGGGCUGAAGCUUUCAUCCGAACCCUGAGUCUUCUUGGGAUAUACUUGGAGCCCGUGCCCUCACCUGAAGAUAUUCCGACGAUAUUCUACAACUGGUGCAGUGGCUCAUCCUUGUGUAAGCGGCUGGAAGCGUACGGGUUCAAGCCCGACAGGAAUGGCAGGGGACCUAACCAAAAGACGUUUAUCAGAAUGAAACGCCUGACAUCCUGGGAUCCUUUCAUCACUGCUAAGGGCUACCUGGGUCUUGGCCGGGAGGGAGCUGCGAUUGGAGAUGAAAUUUGGCUCAUCGGGGGCUGCAGCACCCCUGUUCUGCUUUCCCCUAGCGUAGAUAGCCCGUCCCAAUAUGAGGUAAAAGGAGAGACUUUCCUUGAUGGGUUCAUGUUCCAAGGGCAAUUCGAUAAAACAACCCAUAGAAACUCGUCAAUUGAGCGAAUUGUGUUGAUAUAG